AGUUAAGCGGCGAGUUUGGGGAUCUGACUGCGCUGGCCAGUUGCUGUGUCUGUUGCUGAGCUCCGGGAGGAGAAUAUGUUGAUGCAUGUGGGAGUGUGCUGCCUAAGACUGUGCAGCCUGGCUUGUUUGCUCAACGGCCCGCUCACCCUCUGGACCUUUGGAGAGAAUUUGCAGCGACCCGGGCAGCUGGGGGGGCUCGACCUCUUGGAUAGCCCCAGCUAGAGGGGCCGAAAGCUCUCGGACGGCCGUCCCGGGACCUCUCCAACAGCCGAGGGAAGGGAGAGAGGAGGAGAGGGACAGUGCUGGUUUUCAGUCAGAGCUGGGAAGGCGCAGCCCCCGAUGCUGUGGGCAAUGUCCGAGUUAAUGAUGGAGAUGAACGACAGCGUGCUGAGCAAUCUUCGGCGCCCAGGCACCCUCGCCAAGCCGCUGAUGAGAAGCAGCUCUCCGGACCCCCAGGUUAGCCCGUGUCCCAGCCCAGCUGCCCCCUCCAGCUCUCCCCAGGCUAACAGCACCACCGAUUGCGGCCAGCAGAUCCUGCAGCCGUACGGAGACACCGAGAAGGUGAUCAUUGGGGCCAUUCUGUCCAUCAUCACCCUGCUGACCGUGUCCGGCAACUGCCUGGUCAUGAUCUCCGUCUGCUUCGUGAAGAAGCUCCGGCAGCCUUCCAACUACCUGAUCGUCUCGCUGGCCCUGGCCGACCUCUCGGUGGCGGUGGCCGUGAUGCCGUUUGUCAUCGUCACCGACCUGAUCGGCGGCCAGUGGAUCUUCGGGCAGCUCUUCUGCAAUGUCUUCAUCGCCAUGGACGUGAUGUGCUGCACCGCUUCCAUCAUGACCCUGUGUGUGAUCAGCAUCGACAGGUAUUUGGGAAUAACCAGACCAUUGACAUAUCCGGUCAGACAGAAUGGGAAAGGCAUGGCUAAAAUGAUCCUUUGUGUGUGGCUGCUGGCUGCAUCCAUCACACUGCCACCUCUGUUUGGCUGGGCCAAGAACAUCAAUGACGGCAAGGUCUGCCUGAUCAGCCAAGACUUUGGUUACACCAUUUACUCUACAGCAGUGGCAUUCUAUAUCCCAAUGUCAGUCAUGCUGCUUAUGUACCAUCAGAUUUUCAAGACUGCUAAGAGGAGUGCUGCUAAACAUACAUUUGCGGGCUUCCCUCGGCCAGGUGACAAACGCAUGAGUGAGGCGGCCAAAAUAGGAGUGAAACCACGCAAGGAAUCAGAAGAAUGCACCCACUUUGCCCGACUUCUGAAAAAUGAUAGGAAGAACAUGUCAAUUUUCAAAAGGGAGCAGAAAGCUGCGACCACCCUAGGCAUUGUGGUCGGGGCAUUCACUGUGUGCUGGCUGCCGUUUUUCAUACUAUCUACUGCAAGACCUUUCAUCUGUGGCACUGAGUGCAGCUGUAUACCCCUUUGGUUGGAGAGAACGAUCAUGUGGUUUGGCUACACAAAUUCUCUGCUGAACCCAUUCAUUUAUGCACUAUUCAACAGAGACCUGCGGACAACCUAUCACAAUCUGUUGAGGUGCAGGUACAGGAAUAUUAAUCGUAAACUUUCUGCUGCGGGCAUGCACGAAGCUCUAAAGCUGGCAGAGAGGCCAGAACUGAUACUGUAA